AUGUUUCUGACCUCCGAUUCGAAUACCACAGUCAGCUCGUCAACGCAAUCCCUGGAGAAACUUAAAGGAGUAAGUCUCCUGCCAAGCGAUAUCAUGGUUUCCUUUGAUGUCACGUCCCUUUUUACUUCUAUCCCGCAGGACCUGGCAGUCGAGACAAUCGAACUACUCCUACGAGAGAAGUACGACGAAACGGAGAAUCGCCUCGGACACGCCCAAAUCAUCCAGCUCCUGAAGUUCUGUCUCAAGACGUACUUUACAUUCGACGGAACAAUCUACGAGCAGGUGAAGUGA